GGGCACUGCGUUCAGUCUGCCACACAUUUCACCAGAAGAAGAAGGCCGCAGUAAUUGUCCCAGCUCAUUUUUGACCAACAUCUGGUUUGAGUGCCAAACGGUAGAAACCACACUGGAAGUAAUUGUUGGGCCACAAUGGUUGUGGCCAUGAGUUCUACGUGUCCAGGCCUAUACUGUGGCAGGAUGAUGGUCAAUGGAUCGGUGGAAGGGGAGUGUGGCGUUUGUCCUCGAGGAGAACGGGCCAACAUUCAGAAGGUGUGUGAAGCCUGCACUGAAUCCCCUGAGCUCUAUGACUGGCUCUAUCUGGGCUUCAUGGCCCUGCUCCCACUAGUGCUGCACUGGUUUUUUAUUGAGUGGUACUCUGGAAAGAAGAGUUCCAGUGCGCUGCUGCAGCAUGUGACAGCUAUGUUGGAGUGCAGCAUGUCAGCUGUGGUCACUCUACUGGUCACAGAGCCAGUUGGAAUGCUCAGUAUCUAUUCCUGUCGAGUCCAGAUGCUAUCAGACUGGUACACCAUGCUGUACAACCCCAGUCCAGACUAUGUGAACACAUUACACUGUACACAAGAAGCUGUGUACCCACUCUACACUAUUGUGUUAAUCUACUAUGCAUUCUGCUUGGUGCUGAUGAUGCUACUGCGUCCUCUAUUGGUGAAGAAGAUGGCAUGCGGUCUGGGCAAGUCUGACCGCUUUAAGAGCAUAUAUGCUGCUUUGUACUUCUUCCCCAUCCUCACUGUGCUGCAGGCUGUAGGAGGAGGUCUGCUGUACUAUGCAUUUCCCUACAUUAUCCUGGUCCUGUCUCUCGUCACACUGGCCGUUUACAUGUCUGCCUCUGAGAUUCAGUCAUUUAAAAAUCUGGCUGCUAAGAAGAAGCGCCUUGUUGUCCUGUUUAGCCAUUGGCUGCUGCACGCAUACGGCAUCAUCUCCAUCUCCAGACUGGACAAGCUGGAACAGGACAUACCACUGCUGGCUCUUGUGCCAGGUCCUGCCCUGUUUUAUAUUGCUACAGCCAAGUUCACUGAGCCCAGUCGCAUCCUGUCUGAGGGCGGCAAUGGACACUGAGAUGAAUUCAAUAUAAAACCAUCGGUGGUUGAUUGUAAAUUCAUGUAAUUAUUUCUUGUAUAGUGUCUAAAAUUAUAACAAAACAGAAUCAGCUUCAGCUUUAAUGGCCAAGUACAUACACAACAUAGAAGGAGUUUGGUUUUGGCCAGUGGCAAGGUAGCAGUGCCCAGAGUAUUAUCUUUAAAUGCCUCAGUUAAAAAACAGAACUAUCAGUUUGUUCUACUGUGAUACAGAACAGAAAAGCUACGGAGAUGAAACCAAACAAUAUUUGGUAUUUUAACUUUAUAAAUAAGCCAAACAACUAAUCAAGUCUUUUUUCCAAAUUUUGUUUGGAGAGUCAGUUCCCAAUUUCAUUCUGCCCAUCAUCUGACAUCAUCCCAAAAUGUGGUCAUAUUUAAGUUUUGUAAAUUGUGUAAAUACAGGUAUUCGUCAUUGAUACACAUGUACACACACAGAGCAACAACAUUAAAAUCACUUGCCUAAUACUGUGAAAGAACCACUGCAACAGCUAUGACUCAUCGAGGGCUUGACUUCAAGGAUCUCUAAAGGUGUCCUUUGGUGUCAGGAUCCAAGACAUCAGCAGGCCCACUGGAUUGCAGAUAUUUUCUGCCUGACAGUUAUUAACACAAGAUUAUAAAUAGAAAAUUCCUUUGUUGAAAUUGAUGUGUUUAAAGGAGAAGGUUCCUGAAGGUGUAUUGUAGUUUGUCGUUUGGCUUGAAGUGGUGAAUGACUUUAGGUGGCUGAAUACAGUAGGCAUCUCAUUUUAUAUGUACACUUAAAAAAGCAUUGACUGGAUGUUUUCAAAUUCAAAAAUGUGUUACGCAUUUUGUAGUAACCACACAAUUCAUGGUGAAAUGCCAUUUAUAGGGGAAAAUUUAAAAAGAUUGUAUUCAACAUUAAAAAAGUAACUGUGCAAAAAAUUCAAUGUAAAAAUGCAUCUUAAAAGAGCGAGAGUGACAGAAGCAAUGCAAAAACAUUGACCAAACUGUCAAAAAUGAAUACUGUUUAAGGAGCAUCAAGUCCUGUAAGUUGUGUUCUGGGUCCUCCAAAGGUCACACUUGCUUUUCCAGCUCAUCCCAGAGAUGCUUGAUGUGUUUUAAAUGUGGAGAAUUUGGAGGCCAAGUUAAAUGUAGAAAUGAAGUCAUGUUCCUGAACCCACGUGAUCUGCAUUCUUCUCCCCAGGUUAUCAAUGCAUGCACACCCAUUGCCUAGCAUAUCCCACGCCUUGACAGAUACCACUGGAACAAGACAAUCAAUGUACUUAACUUCAACUGACAGUGGUUGUAAUGUGGCUGAUUGACAUGUAACAAUGUAGUAAUAGUGAACGUCAGCUACAUCCAGCCAGCCGAGAGUCAGUCCCAGUUUCUGCUGCUCAUGUUUUACCAUUACAUUACAGCACUGAGCAUCCAUUUAUCUGAAAGUAAGAUUCCUGACAGUCUUAGAAAAAUGCACAACUGCUAUUCUUCCUUCAUCUAAGUCAAGUUUGAUGAUCAUGUCUUAUAAAUCAUGAAAAUAAAAUCCACCAUCUUAAAAUAUUAGAACAUUUUAUGUCAAGUUUGAAAAAACUGCUAUUUAGACAUAUCAUGUAUGUCUCAGUCUAGUUCAGUAUGUGUAACCACAAUCAUGGGGAAGACAGCUGACUUGAAAGUUGUAUAUAAGAAAAACAUCGACAUCCUCCGCAGAACGUCAUUGCUGAAAAGGCUGGCUGUUCAUGGAGUGCUGUAUCAAAGCAUAUUAAUGGAAAGUUGACUGAAAGGUUAAAGUGUGGUAGAAAAAGUGCACAAGCAACAAGGGUGACUGCAGCCUUGAGAGAGUGGUCAAGAAAAAUAAUUUCAAGAGUUCACAAGCAGUGGGCUGAAACAUCAAGAACCACCAAGCACAGCCAUCUUCAGGAAAGGAACUACAAGUAUCCCAUUCCACGUAUCAAGUCUCAUCUGAACCAGAGACGAUGUCAGAAUUGUCUUGCGUGAGCUGAGGACAAAAAAGAUGAAAACAAUCUGACCCAAAAAUAUAGACAAGCUGAAGGCUGCUAUCUAAGCAACCUGGGCUUCAAUAACACCUCUGCAGUGCCAGGUUGAUUGUCUUAAUACCACACUGCAUUGAUGUAGCAAUUCCUGGUAAAUGAACACACUUUUCAAAAGUUGGACAUUUCUGAAAUACAGUGGUGAAAAAAGUUUUCAGACACCCCAUGCAUUUGUGAGAUAUUGCAUUGAGAAUAUUUAUUACAGUCACAGCCAAAAUACUAAACAAAUCCUUUAAAAAAGCCAUUGAAAACUUAGAACUGAUUGGUUUCAUAAAAAUACAUGAGAAAUUUUGAGUAUUGGGUCACUUUGGUACCAAUGAUCCACUAAUGAAGGUUGUGCCUUUUAUGAAAAGACACAAUUUUUGUUGCCGUGCUCUGCGCCUAUAUAAAGCCAGCACAUUUGAAAGUUUUUCAGACACAAAAAUGGCUAAAACAAGGAACUUAACGCAGAAAACAUGCCUGAAGAUCCAGAUUCUCAGCCAGGAAGGGUACAGCUUCCACUAGAUAGCCAGGAAGUGCAGAUGCAAUCCUUCAGCAGUUGGAUAAACUGCAGAAAUACAGAUGAACCAACAGCUUGGAACACAAACCAAGAUCUGAGCGUCCAGGGGUUUCUUCAGCAAGAAAUGACUGCAUCCUGAUCUGCAUGUGCAGGGAAAACCACUGAAUGGCAUCACAGGACCUUUAGCAGCAGUGGUCAAACCAAACUGGUGUCCAGUGUUCCACCCACACUGUAUGUGGUCAAUUUUUAGAUCACGGCUUAAGGUCCUACAAGGCUGUCAAGAAGCCCCUGAUCAAUGAGAGACAGAGGUUAGCCCGGCGUCGUUAGGACCAAGCACACAAGAACUGGACAGCCAGGAAUUGGAAGAAGAUUCUGUGGUCAGAUGAGUCCAGUUUCCAGCUUUAUCAUUCUCCUGUAUUAUCUCCAGCAUGUACAGUACCUACUGUACAUGCUGGAGCAUGCUGGAGGCAGUAUCGUGGUUUGGGGAUGCAUGAGUGCUGCUGGUGUUGGUCAUCUCACUGUCUGAUGGCACAUUGAUCUCUGCCAAGUAUUGUUUCGUUCUCCAAACCGGCAUGAUCCCUUCUGCAUGUGCACUGCUUUGUCAAGGUCGAAACUGGAUGUUUCAACAAGAUAAUGGCCUUUGCCACACAUCCAAACCCAGUAGAACUUGGCUGCUGGAGCACAGCAUCCAUGACUUAGAGUGGCCAGCUCAAUACCCAGACAUGAGCCCCACUGAAAAUCUGUAGUGGAUUAUCAAAAGAUCUGUUUCAAAGCGUAAACUGAAGAAUUAAAAGCAGUAAUUCAAAAAGAAUGGGACAAGAUUACCCCUCAACAAUGUGAAAGGCUCAUGGGGAACAUGCAAGCCAGGAUUAUAGCUCUACUGCGUGAUAAUGGCAGGAUUACUAAAUAUUAAGUUGAUGAUGUGAUGAUUUAUUUAUUUUUUGUUAAGUUUUCAACAUGUUCUCUGGCUGGGUUGUAACAUUUGUUGACUUUGAUACAAUGUUGAGAACUAACAUUUAAACUGUCAAGAAUUUAGUUUUGUUAGUUUUUGUUGUAAACAAUAAACAAAAAAUAUUUAAAAUUUGUA